CAAAUUCAUAAAUUCACCGAUUACUUACACCUAAUACACGAAAAAACAUAUUCAUAAAUUGCUUUACACACAAUUAUAAAAUUAUUGAAUUACAUAAAGAAUAAACGAGAAUAUGUCCCGAGUGCGAAGUUUUUGAUAUCACACGAGUAGCGGUGUGAUCAAUUGGGUGCAGCAAUUCUGUCACACCCAGUGUGAUCAACAGACUGUGGACAACCCGGAUAUGAAGGAGAUGAUCAUCAAGUGCGAUAACAUGAUUCUUGAAGGCGAGGAAGAAGAUCUGCUCCUGGACGAGGAGGUCAAGGGUGAGAAAGAGGCUCCGAACAGGAGUCUACGGGCGAAAGAAGACAAAGAGGUGAUGAUUCGUCCCCCUCCUGAACCGCCGCCAUGGAGGAAUUGUGCAUCUAGGGUUGUGGGAGAUCGAUGGAGGUUUCUCGUGAAGAUAAGAAUGCAUUUGAAUUUCCAUGUUUUUGCUAUUUUUGUCUUUUUUUAUUUUCGAUCAAACUAUGUUUGUUUCUUUUAUUGUUGUUUUGUUCUGCCAGACUCUGACAUUAGGUAAGGGUGAUGAGGGUUUUGCUCUUGCCACGUUAGGCUCAUUAGGACCCUAUACAGGAUCAGCGAAUCAUAUUGCUCUACUUAGGGUGAUUGAUUCUCCAGCUGGUUCGAGGGUCGGUAGCUGGAAGUGUUUCCUUUAUCGUCCGUGUCCUUUGCUGAAUGUUUUAUUAUGAAUAUAAGUCUCCCCGUUAUAAAAAAAGAAUAAGCGAGAACAUUGUUAAUUUUGGUA